AUGUAUAUUUUCCUAUCUCUUUGUCUGAUACUGAAAGUACAAUCGGUAUGGUCUGCCUUCUUCCACGAACCAUCUUAUAUUGAAGUAUCGCCAAGUGAUGAACACGCAAAAGACUUCGGAUCUACAAUAACUUAUUUGAACCGUACUUUAUUUGUCGGUGCACCACAUGCAAGUUUAAAUGGAGCUGUUUACAAAUGUCCUAUAAACGAAAUUACAAAUAAUUCACUCGUAUGUACGGAUAGUGGGAUAAACAUCGAUAAAUACUUUGAUGAUUAUAAUAGGACGUUAUAUCCAAGCCAACCAUUUUGCCUCGGCGGAUCUGUAACGGCAACCAAAACUGAUAUUAUUACCUGUGCACCGUUAUGGGCGAAGUCUAUCACAGCUAAAAAUGACGUUAUCCUGGGUGCGUUUGGUACCUGCUUUAGAAUGACCGGUGAUAGCACUCAGAAGUACAAUGGGCUUCUAGAAUAUUACACGCAGACUAGACAGUUAGAUGUGAAACCGAAGGACACGCCUACCUUAGAUGACAUCUAUGGUACAUUCGGAUGGACAACCCUGGUGGACGAAGUGAACGAAAUAAUUAUUUUCGCAAAGCCAUCAGACAACGCUAUCAGUAGGAUUACGUAUUUGAAAUUGUCGGAGCCCAAUGCGUUCCCGAAGAUUGUCCAGCUGGAUGAACCAGGAUUAUUGUCUUUUAAAUAUAAAGGUCGUGCUUUAGCUCCGGGCGAUUUUUUUCAAAACUAUGAAAAAUUAAUUGCGUUUAGUAUGGAAAACGAUAAAAGAGUAGGAGCUAUAGGUUUUCUCUCUUACAAUUCAGCAACUAACACUUUAUCAGUGGUGAAAAAUAGUGGACGUUCUGUCCUCAUCAAAGAAGGAACAGUGGGCUCUAUGUUUGGCUCUGCAUUACACAGUACAAACAUUAAUGGGGAUCAUCACACUGAUUUGAUUGUUGGUGCGCCGGCGCAGGCUUGUCGCGAUGGCAGCUAUGAAAUUGGAGCUGUUCACAUUUAUAUCGGAGGCGGACCGGCUAAGGACAAGUCGUUCUCGAACCUUUGUAUUUGUGGAAAAGAAGAUGGUUCUAGAUUCGGCACAGCUAUCGCGUCUGCUGACUUGGACGAUGACCAAAUACCUGAAAUAUUUAUAAGCGCUCCAUACGAGAUUUCGGGAAGUGGAAAAAUAUAUGUUAUAUCUGGUUAUGACGUGAAACAGACUCUUAUCGUUAAGAAGAGUAUCAAGAAAGCUAAUAUCUUCAUCAGGGAAAUACCAACGCAGGAGUUAAGAAAUGAAAAUCAUAAAGCAUUCGGUUACAGUCUGCAAGUUAUUCCCGAUUUUGAGAGUCAAUUAAGUGCUUUAGCAAUAGGCAGUCCAGAUAGCCAGCAAGUAGCUGUAUAUAGGAGUAUACCGUCCAUAACGGUUGUGAUUUCCAUCAUAGGCGAACAGAUUGUACGAGAAUCGGAUGAAGAGUUUUCAGUAGGGUUUCGAGUAGAUGUCCAGUACCCGAAAGCAGUGAAUACAACAGCAAAGUUGUUACUAACAGUAACUUUAGUGGGCACCGCGUACGCUUCGAUAAAUGGAGAUAAUAUAUUUACAAUAGAUCUCAGUAAUAACAAGCCUUAUUAUUUAUCUGUGGUUGACGUUGCGCUUAACGAUAGAGAUCCACACACAUAUAAAUUAAAAGCUACAAUGACAACAUAUAAUGAGGAUUUUCAAAGUAUCGCCAACUACGACAGUUCGCUGGUAAGAUUAAGUCAGUACAGUAAAUUGGAGUUAUUACAUGACAUUACACGUACUUGUGAUGACAACGUGUGCAGACCUAAGCUGUCCGUUGCUAUUGACUGGUCUAGAGGCGAAACUUACAUACUUGGUUCGUCAGACGAAGAAAUUAUAUCAGUAAAAGUACAAAACGAUGGGAAUAGUUCGGAUGUAUCUUGUGUUUGGCUUCAAGUUACCGGAGCACCGGUUGCAGUAUUGGAAUGUGAUCAACCAGAAGCGAGGUGGUACAAAUGUAACCUUUUGACAAUUGGAAGACAUGAACAGCGAGCCAUAAACAUAACCCUAGAUAUGAAGAGACCAACAAACGUUGAUAACGAACUUCGAAUAGAUGUAUUGCUGUAUAACAACUGUCCCGUGUCGAGGAUUCAGACGGAUUACGACGUACAGCCCAAAAUAAUACCGUACACGCUGAAUUCAGACGAUGUUGAAAUAACGGGGUUAAACCGAGACCAAAAUAUAGAAGAAAACAAAAUAUUAGACGAGACCUCAUCUAUGGAAAUACCAACACUGUUUAUGAUAACGAAUAAAAAUUCAGUUCUUUGGAAAUCCGUUCAAGCUACGGUCUCGGUUGAAGUGCAAGAAUUCUUAGAGAACUUAAAAGUCCAGUCAUCAGAUUUCAAGGAAUGUAUUUUUGAUGCGUCCAAUUUGACUUACAACUGCAUUUUAGAUUUGAGACCAAAAUCUACUGUCAGGGUUGUGGCUACCACCGCGCUGUUAAAAAAUAAAAUAAAACAAAACUUGAUUGACAAUAAAUUACAAAUCACAACCACGUUUGAACUGACACUAAGCGAAAAGUUGGAGACGAAACGUGAAUUGUCGACGACUGUCCUCAUUUACCGGGAGGAUAUAACAUUCGGUCAGCAACAAACUUAUAUAAUAGUGGUGUCUUGUUUCGUAGCUUUUAUUCUUUUAGCCUUGGUAACAUAUGGACUGUAUAAGAUAGGAUUUUUCAAGAGACAAGAAAAGAAGAAGUUAGAACGAUUGAGGAGUAGUAUAAGAAGGCCACCUCCAGCUGGUACGUCUGGGGAGGCAGCUGCUGUGAAAAACUGCGAUGUUCCUCCGCCAAGCCCCAAUGAUAGUACAGACCUAGAAAUAGUGGAUGUGACAGAAGAUAUUCUGAUGCAAAAUUUGAAUUCAUCUACUCAAGACGAUGCGGCACUAUUGGAUACGAAAAAUCAUGAUCAUUAUUAA